AUGGCGGCCGUCGGUGCUGACGAAUUCGUCGAAGCUCAAGCCGUGACUUACUCAAAUCCUAAGCAUUUCUCGGGCUUCUUCGCGGUCCUGAAGAACCUUCAGGCAGACGGUGGGUUCCAGGAUGUGACUCUUGAAGUCUGCGGGCGCCUGUUCCCGAGUCAUCGGCUAGUUUUAGCUGGUGUCAGCCCUUAUUUCCGUACUCUGUUCUCAGUGGGUCUGCAGGACGACCACGUCUCUGUUCAAGAGCCCUGCUUGGACCCGAACAGUAUCCAAUCUAUCCUACAGUACGCUUACAGCGGAGAACUCCAGUUGGCCACUGAUGAGUUAGAAGACAUUCAGAGACUGGCUGUUGCGGCAAAGUUUCUGCAGGUUGACUUUGUUUGCGAGACUUGUGCCGCACUUUUAGAAGCCCAACUGGACACCGGCAAUGUCGUCCAGACCUUCCUCUUUGCCGUUUCAAAUGAUAUUGAAAAGCUGCGAGUGUCCAGCAAGGCGUUCAUCUGUAGAUACUUUCCUCGUGUGAGUAUGACGGAAGGUUUUAAAGACCUGUCCCCAGACCAGUUCCUAGACUUGAUCAGUGGUGACGAGCUCGACGUGAAAUCUGAAACCAUGGUCUGGGAAGCAGCCGCAAGUUGGGUCCAAUCGGACGAGUCUGCAAGAUCCGCUCACCUGCCGGAAAUCCUUCAGAAGAUUCGGUUCCCUCUCUUGACGCAAGCCGACAUCGAGAUAAUAAAAAGCCACAAGUUGAUCAGUGAGCCACUAAUGGCACAAAUAGCCACUCAUAUCCAGCCGAAUUAUGAGUCCGAAGGAGACAGCGGGGGACCGCCGGAGGGUAGUCGGAAGAGAUACGGGAUGACUGCGGAGGAAAUGUUGCUGAUCUUCGGUGCCUGUCACACGGACUCUGCCUGGGAGGACCUCAGGGCGGGCCGCCUGGCGAGUGCAGAGGAGUUGGACGGGACUCUGGCCUGCUACAGCCCUUUAACGAGAGAAGUUUACAGUAUGUCCAAACCUGGGGACACCUGCCCUGCAGCCGUGGUAGCCACGCCAUCUGGCGACAUUUAUGCUAUCUACACAACUUCAGCACCAAGGUUUCUCCAGUAUGACCAUUUUGGCAGCUGCUGGGUUGAGAGGGCAGCACCGCUGAUGUGGCCCCGCCAUCCCCGUGAGCUGAUUUGCUCCCAUGGCUGUCUGUAUCUGUUCUCCGAUGAUGAUAACACGCCUGUCCAGCAGUAUCAGCCUAAAGUAAACCAGUGGUUUAAAGUUGCUUCAGUCUCACUGGAUGAUGACACUGUCUGUGUGAGUUUAAGCGAUCGGCUGUACGCCAUUGGUCCUGAGAGGACGAUGCGUUACGACCACAACAUCGACAGUUGGGAGAGCCUAAAUGCUUCCCUCCGAGGCAAGCUGGAUGGGAUAGCCAACGCUGUCUCAUGUGGCGGGAGAAUAUUCUGCAUUGACUACGACCUGACCAAGAUGAUGUCAUACAACCCAGCUCGGGACAAGUGGAAGACAGCAACGAGCGAGCUGCCCGACUGCAGCUAUUUCCACCUCGUCGUGUCCGAGUCUCGUGACGAACUGUUUGGAUUGGCCAGUCGACCACCAGACCCCGAUCAACCAUUGGUGAAUAAGUUUCUGUACAGGUACAACCAAGGAGCGCAUAGGUGGGAACACCUACUGGAUAUUCCCAAUAGGUUGUCAGUGUUUGACACCUACUGCUGCCUGGCAGCCAGGAUGUACCCACCUGCGCUAGGAGGGGGGGAUGACUUCCCAGACCUGGAGGAGUCAGAGGAGGACAGUGAUGGAGGAAGCCAUGAUGAUGAUGAAGAUGAUGAUGGUGAUGAUGAUGAUCAAAAUGAAGGACCAUCAGAAACAGAUGGUCAAUGACCCAGGAAACUAUCAAGAGCUAAAGAUAAACUAGUCUGAGAGGUAACAUUUGCAAAGAAAAUGCAUAAUUUUUACCUUCACCUGAUCUGUCUCAACAACUACUGCAAGAUUUAUUCUUCCUCAAAGUCAAAUACAUUCAUAAGUAUGGUCAGCAAGCUCUCCAACUCUGUUCUGCUACAUAAUGUAACCCAACACCACAUAAUGU